AUGGGAAAGAAUACCAAUAUAAACUAUAAAAAGAAACCAAAGGAGGUUAUUAAGAAGGAACAAGCACAAAAAGAGAAAGAACAAGAACUAAAGAUACAGGCUCAUCUCAAACUUGAUGUGAUAGAACAGAACAAGAAGGAGAAGGAGAGGGAGGCAAAGGAGAAGAAGGCAAAGGAUAAGAAGAAGAAGGCAAAGAAGAAAGCAAAGGAUAAGAAGACAAAAGAUGUAAAGGGUGAGCCCUCAAAGGAUGAUGUUGAGGAAGAGGAUGACGAUGAUGAGUACAACAUCGAAAAGAUAAAGUCAGAGUUUGAUUCAGAUUCAGAGGAAGAAGAUCAUGAUGAUGAUGAUGAAGUAGUGGAUGAGGGAUCAAGGAUAAAGGUCAAGUUCAAUGAUGAUAGUGUACCACAUCUUGAGGAGGAUGAUGAUGAUGAAGAGUACGUCCCUUAUGAUCAGAUUCGUGAUGGUCAUGUUGUCUUUGAUCAAGAAGACGACGACGAUGGAGGUCAGGAUGUAUCAAACAUGUUGGACACAAAGUUGUUGCGCGAGACUCUGCCCAUGCAUAUAAAGGACAGAUUCCACACUGGUCAGUACACGCCACAUUUGUUCAGAGUCAAGGACAAGGCCGGUAACUUGCUUCGCGACAACCUGUCGAUCGCUGCGGCCACCAACCCAUCGGACUUCACACCGUUUGUGAGUCAGUUGAUGAACCCCGCGCCGGUCUACCCGAGCUACUUCCCGCCAAACUUUGCCAACAUGGCGGUGGAGGGCACCGCCGCGUCAUUCGAGCCCCUGGUCAAACAACCCAACUCAAUCACUCUGGCGCCAAUCGGUCGUCGCGCAUUCCCCUUAAUGGUCAACAUCCAGAUCUCGCCCCUCUGGUUCGAGGAGCUGCGUCCGCCCAUCAACACCUCGCUGCGCCACUUGCUCACGAGCGAGAAGAUGCCUGUUGACGUGGUCGACCGUCUCUGUCAGGAGGUUGAGAGCGAUGUGCCUGCGCUCGACAAGUCAUUGGUGCCCGUACGACGCGACACUGAUCAAUUGCGAGGAUAUGGCAACACGAUGGUAAUGGUCAGGACUAAGCUGCUGCUCAUUGCCACUGGACCAAAUAUGAAUGUAUUCUCUGGCAUAACAAUUGGAAGGGGCAAGAGGAAGCUUCCUACCAAGUACGAUCACAAGUGGCAUGCCUUAAUCAGAUAUGACAAGCAGCAACAGCCAAUCCUCGACAUCAAGCUAGUCCAAUACUCUCUUCGACUCUAUUUGGUGUACUUCAGAACAACAUACUCAUUGUUCUUUUUCUAUUUACAUGUGUUUGGAGACAAGUAUAGGAACUUCUCUCUGGAAGAGAUCAAGAAAGCGACAUUCAGACAAAAGAUUAUGGAUGCAACAGUGCCACGCACUUCAAUGGGCUUGGCUAAUGUGCUGCUGGAGGAUGGAACGCUAAUGUCAUUCAACUUUAUAUCUCCCGUGGAUGAGUCUGCUGUCGAUGGACACGGCGACUCCCUCCGCAUCAUCCACUCCUUUGCUCCCGACUAUCCCUCAUUCAAAUGCCCUGCAUGGGCCAUGCUGGCACGUCAGCCAAUCGUGGGCAACUCACAAUACAUCUUAUCUCCGAGCGAGUUGGUCGAACUUCAGCUGGACCCGGUCACGGGGGUGCCGCGCACACGAGUGCUGCUACGCGCCGAGACAUAUGGCCCGCUGACAGGCAUCUACUCAGAUGCCAACUACUUCACAUUUGUCACGACGACCAAGCGCGCCAUGAUGUUUGACAAUCGAACGUUUGAUCGGCCACUCCUCGUUUGGUCGUUCGUCAAGCCAUUGGAGGGGCCCGUGACCAUCCACGUGCCCAUCAUCGAGUACCUCAGCAACAUCAAGCUCCUCCUGGUCAAGAGCAAUCUGACGGGCCUGGUCUACGUGCUCCAGUACCGCAUGGAUGUGUUCCCUCGCCCGCUCCAGAUCGCCCCCAUUCACAAGAUGUCCACAAUCAACAUGGCCACGAGCACAAACACGAGCAGCAAGCGACCGUUCUCAAUGAGCUACAGACACCACGCCACUAUCCAGAACUUCCUGGACCGACCAUUCACACACCUGAUCAACGGUGACGAGCCGGCCAACCUGUACAGCACGCGUCUGCCCGUGGCGUGCGGUGCGCCCUUCAUGUGCAUGCCCGUGUACGGCUCGGAGAAGCACUCGAUCACCCUGCCCUUUCCGCCCUUCCCCGAGGAGCCGCUCACCGGCCUGGUCUACAUCCAGACCAACAACAACUUCUUCACAUUGCUCCAGAUGAGCAGGAUUGGCGACGUCACAUCAACUCGCUACUCACUCAAAUACAAGCACGACCCACUUGAUGGACAGGACAAGUUUGAUCGACACUCACACCGAAAGAUCCAGGCCAGUAUAUACCGCACGCCACUUCAAAUCGAGUUCCUGCGGCGUUUCAUUGAACAACGAAACUAUACCAACUACUGUGAUGUUGUUAGAGAGUUUGGAAGCACAAUCAUGCUCAGACAAAUGCCCAAGUACCUCAACAUGCGCUCUUCAUUGCCAUUCAAGUUGGAGCAGUUUGAGAAUCAUCCAAACAAGUUGUUCUCGGCAAUCAUUGAACUACUGAAGUUGAGUGGACCUAUGACGAUGGGCGACAUUAUGGAGAGGUUGGGCGAACACUUUACUGAGGAACAGAUAAAGAAUACUUUGACACGACACUCCCGACCUGGCACACUCAAUACCACGGCACAGAAGCAUCACUCGACACUGGGCCUCUAUCAUAUCAAACUGAAACCGCACGCCACCCUCACCAAGCUGGACGAGCUGGUAGUCGGCAUCGACGAUCCACUGAUCGAACUCAACACCAACGUCUACUCGCACCAACAGCACUUCUUUGGCGAUGUGGACGAGCUCGUUGGCAACAAGGUACUCGUGCAAAAGGCACAGCGCGUGCACCAGUUUAACAGGCUGUCCAAGCAUGAGAUCGAGGUGUACCAGGUGAACGAAACACUCUACACCAAGCCACAACUGGAGCGAUACUUGACGCGCGAGGCCAAGCUAGAGGAGCAGCGGGUCAAGAUCGCCGAGCACAAGAAGAAGAUGGAGUUGAUGACCGGCAAGCGACAGAGGGCCAAGAAGCCCGUCGUCAACCGCACGUUCAAAGUGCAGACGGCGCCCUUUGAGCCAGAUGCGUGGUAUCAGGAGUGGAUCAAUGAUGCCCACAAAUACGAGGAGGAUCACGAUGACGAACACAAUAUAUCAACGAUGCUCCCGCCUACCUCACUGCCGACAACGACGGGCAAGGCCAACCGAGAUGCAUUCAGGAUGCCCAUGAGCCAGACAACCAUGUCACAGCCAGUCUACUCUCGUAGAUACAACGAUGACGACGAUGAUGAUGAUCUCUAUGGAGGAGGAGAUAGCAGUGAUGAUUAA